AUGUUACUGUUACUUAAUGUUGGUGAUGAAGGCUGUGAGUUUGUUGACAAUGGUAAGGAUGAGGAAUAUGAUGCAGAGGUUGUGCUAGUGGCGGUUGUUGAUGAUGAUGAUAAAGAUGAAAGAAAAGUUGGUGAUAAAGGAGGCGUAGAUGAUAGUAUAGAAGAAGAUGAUGAUGAUGAUGAUGAUGUUGAUAUUGGGAGUUAUGAAGAUGAUGCUGAGGAUGGUGGAGAUGAUGUUUUUGAUAGUAUUGAAGAUGGUGAUGUUGGUGAUGAUGAUAGUUGGUCUGAUAAAGGAGGUGCUGAGAAUAUUGAAGAUAAUGAGGAUGGUGUUGUUGAUAGUAUUGAAGAUGGUGAUGAUGAUAAAGAUGGUGGUGAAGAUGAUGAAGAUGGUAAAAAAGAAUAUGAGGAUGGCGAUAGUGGGACUGAUGAAGAUGCUGCUGUGGAAGGUAAAGAUGAUGAGGAUGGUGGAGUUGAUAGUACUGAAGGUGUUGAUAAUGAUGAAGAUGUUAAUGUUAAAGAUAAAGUUGGUGUGGAUGGUGAUGAAGGCUGCGAGUCUGUUGAUGACAGUAAGGAUGAGGUAGAUGAUGCAGAGUUUGCUGACUGUGAGGGCUGUGCUGAUGAGGUUGAUGCUGAUAGUGGGAUAGAUGAAGAUGGUGUUGAUGAUGGUAAUGUUAGUGAUGAAGAUGUUGAAGAAGAUGAUGAUGAUAUUGGUGAAGAUGGUGUUGAUGAGAAAGAUGAUAAUGAUAUUAAUGUUGGUGAUGAAGAUGUAAGUAAAGAUAGUGAGGUUAAUAAAGUUAGUGUUGAAGUUAUUGCUGAAGAUGGUGGCAUUGAUGAUAGUGUGAAUGAUAACGCUGAUUGUGCUGACACUGGUGAAGAUGAAGAUGAUCUGCUUGAUGAUGCAGAUGAUGAAGAUGGUGUGAAGGUUGGGGACGAUGAUGACUGUAGUGAUGAUGGUAUUGAUGGUAUAAAUGUUGAGUUUAGUGGUAAAGCCGGACAGGUGGAAUGGUGA